AUGGCAAUGAAGAUGAAGGGCAUCUACAAAAGCUUCAAAUCAAUCUCUCAAAUAUUUGUUGUGAAAGAAAGAGAUAUGGAAAUUGGGUACCCAACAGAAGUAAAACAUGUGGCUCAUGUUGGCUGGGAGGGCUCCUCUGGCAGUGCUCCUGCUUGGAUGAGUGAAUUCAAGGCAGGAGCAGAGCUCUUAUCUCCAAGAGCAUCAUCUUUUAGUCAUGCAAGACAUUCAAAUUCUUUCUUGACCACUUCUUCUUCCACAGAUUUUGAUCAGAGCCCAAGCCAACUAAAUACAUCGGAUAGGGUAAGGGAUGUGCCUCCAAUUCCAGUAGGUCUAUCCAAGAUUCAUACGAAAAGCAAGAAUAGGAGAAAGAAACCAUCUUCAACAUCAUCACCAAGAUCCAAACCAUCUCCAAAAUCUUCAAGAUCCAUGGGUUUAUCGAAAUCUUCGUGUAAAUCAACGACAUCUCGGCUAAACUCUAAUGCCUAAAGGUGAAUUCAUACGUGAAAAUGAAGCAAAAAAAAAAAUUACAGCGUGUGUCACACAUAAUUCAU